AUGGCAACACCUCCCGUAACAGAGGAUACAUUCACUCGCUCAAGAGGAGCAGAGGCGGCAGGAGCGGCGACGCGCAGAGGAAGUGAGAGUCACGGCCAGAGCUCAAGCACCGUCAUGGACGCCGAUGAACCCGAUUACCUCGUGAACCAAAGUAGCCACACUUGCCUGACGGUGGUUCGAGGCUCCAGUCCUCGCGACGCCGUCAUUGCCAUGGCCAAGUGCUCAGGCAACGUCAAGCAGCAGUGGUUCUUCCAUCGCGGGCAGUGGCAGUGGGCCGGCAACCGCCAGUUCUGUCUGGACGUCGAUUCUGAUCACAAGAAGGUCGUCCUUGGGGAGAGUGCGAGGUCGUCCACCGUCUGGACAUACGACUCCCAGGGCAGGAUCUUGACGGAGUCCCGCGGGCUAGACGUGCCCUGGGGCAAGCCUCGAACCGCCGUCAUCCUGUAUCCCAAACACGACGGCACCAACCAGAAAUGGUGGACUCUCUCGGGCUUAAAAGCAUCUCUCGGAGGAACCGCCUGCGUGAAGAUGGACUGUUUGCCUGCGCGCGUCCUCGAGAUCUGCCACAAGGAGUGCCAUGCUGAGCACGCCCUCACACCCGACCAGAUGUCUGCUGCGACCUGCCAGAUGUGCGGGAAGGCCAAAGGUGGUGUUCCGGAAUACUUGAUCAACCAAAGCACCAACACCUGCCUGACGGUCCUCAGCGGCUCGGGUCCUCGCGAUGCUGUCGUCGGCCUGGCCGAGUACACUGGCAGCGACAGACAGCAGUGGUUCGUGCAGGGCGGCCAGUGGCAGUGGGCAGGAAACCGCUCUUUGUGCCUGUCUCCCGACGAAGGGCGCCAGGGCCUGUGCCUCGCCCCCGCCGGGACGAGCUCGGCCUUCUGGACCCUGAACGAGGAGGGCAUCUUCGGCACCGAGUCCCGCGCCCUGGACGUGCCCUGGGAGGAGCCCCGAACCAAGAUCAUUCUGUAUCCGGCCCACGGCGGUCAGAACCAACGGUGGUGGACGGUGUCGCUGAUUUCGAUGUGGCUGGAGCUGCCGCAGACGAAGGACAAGCUCUCGAAAGCCGCUGUGAGGAUCCACGAGGUCGAAGCGGGGAAGAGGAAGGCCGCGCAGGAUGCCGCCGACGGGGGGCCAGGGAGCCACUGCGAGUGCCAAGCGGAGGCCUCGUGCCGGAGGUCGUCGUCCCAGUCUGCCUCUGGCGACGAUGAGUUCCCGGACUACUUGAUCAGCCAAAGCACCAACACCUGCCUGACGGUCCUCAGCGGCUCGAGUCCUCGCGACGCCGUCGUCGGCUUGGCCGAGUACACGGGCAGCGGCAGACAGCAGUGGUUCGUGCAGGACGGCCAGUGGCAGUGGGCAGGAAACCGCUCUUUGUGCCUGUCUCCCGACGAAGGGCGCCAGGGCCUGUGCCUCGCCCCCGCGGGGACGAGCUCGGCCUUCUGGACCCUGAACGAGGAGGGCAUCUUCGGCACCGAGUCCCGCGCCCUGGACGUGCCCUGGGAGGAGCCCCGAACCAAGAUCAUUCUGUAUCCGGCCCACGGCGGUCAGAACCAGAAAUGGUGGAGACUUUCGUCUCUUAUAGCAGCUACUAGAUGCGUGAAGUAUCCUCUCGCAUGUACAGAUGUCGACACAUACAAGCAAGAAAUGGCCAGGAUUCUUGUGAAUAAACUGAGCAACGUGUCUCGGCCUCUGCCACAUGCAGUGGACGUCGAUACCUUCCCUGGCUCUGUGGCAAAGACUACCCCAAGAUGCAGCCGUAGCUUCACCCUCGACCUCUCAGUCCUCGGGCAAGCCAGCAACCUUCGCAUGACAGCGCCCGAGGACUGGCAGCCCACAGACGCCUACGUCCCAGCAGGCGAGGUUUUUCAGAUCAUACUGCCGGAGUCUCUGUCGGAAGCCCGGGCGGCCCAGAUCACCGCUCGCGUGGGGGCCCAGCGCGACGUCUUGGGUCCGGAAUCUGGUAAUGUCGUCGACCAAAGGAAGUUCAUGAGGUGUCCCGUCGUGUCCGAGGAGUUCGAACUGAAGCCAGGGAUGAAUACCUUGCGCAGCCAAUUUGGAGGGAGUCUCAUAUUUACAUAUGAAGAAGGUGAGAAUUUUACCACCAUUGCGGAGGUUCACAAUGUGGUCGAAUCCCCCUUCUACGUCCUGGGCCAAACCUCCACCUCCCAGUGGACAAAGAUGAAGCAGCUCGAUGCCCCAUACUGCGUGCUGGUGGGCGAGAAGGUAGUGGUUAUUGCCCCAACAAAGGCUGCGGGGAAACUUUCGGAUCCCAAAAGACUGUUGCAUCGAUACGAUGAUGUUAUUGGGAUGCUAGAAUCCCUCUCAGGAUUCACAGCCAGCGACCCGCCUCCCCGGGGGAAGCAGUGGCUCGUGGACGAUGUGCAGAUAUCCUGCGGGAGCGCCCAUGCCGGCUUCCCCGCCAUGUUCGACCGCCAGUAUUAUGACUUGACUUCCCUCGGCACGCCACACGACUGGGUUUCAUGGCACGAGUUGGGACACAACUACCAGCAGUGGGAGUGGUGGUCUUACACCUACGGCUCGGAAUCGACAGUCAACCUGUUUUCUUGUUACAUUGAAGAGCAAAUCGGCAUAGGGAACCGAUUGCAGCGAGAAAACAGGUACAUGGAAGCAGCUCUUGCAGUAGACAAAGGUUUGACCUUUGAUGCAGCUGACUGUUGGCAUAAGCUUGUGUUUCUGAUGGAAAUCAAGAAUGCCUUCCCCAAUCCGGGGUGGGACAUGUUUCGGAAUCUGAACCGGUCAGUCCGAGCUCUCACGCCCGAGCAGGCGGACCACCUGGCAGCGAGCGAGCAACGCAAGUUGGACUACGUGUACAAAAUCUUGAGCCGCGAAGUGAGAGCAGACCUCAUCCUCCACUACGAGCGCUGGAGAAUCUCCAUAUCCCCCGAGGCCAGACAUGAAAUUCAGCAAGAGGGAUUUAGGAUGGCGCCUGAAGACCUUACAGGGAGGUAGUGAGCACGCAAAGGAUAAGGAAGAGACGGAAGAGAGAGCAUUCGACAAAACAAUAUCUGGGCGUUUAACGACUUAGAUGUGUAAGCUUAAUUAUAGGUCACAUAAAGUAAUCAUUCCUUCGUGUAAUAAUGAUUGUUACCAUUGUUAUUUUAUCGCCAAUAAAUUUAAUGCAUGA